CAGCAAAUUCCUGUCUAGUAAAGACGCUUUAAACACUUUAUGCGGAAGCGAUAUUUAUCUGCUGCUCUAAACAGAUCAUUUUGUCAAAGAUUUCAAGCAAAUACUAAAACAGACUUUCUGCAAGAACGAACACUGUAUCUAUAUUCAGUCUAUAUAGCGAGGUUUAUACUACAGAGCGACUAACAUCAACACAGAACUUGCUUUGUUAUUACGAAACAAGAACGGCGUGAAAUAUAUGGCGUCUUUUAUACAAGGUUAUGAUGAGGAAAGGUUUGCGACAACAGUCAAUCGAAAUUUCCUCUGUUUGAUUUGCUUCAAUGUCCUUAAAGACCCGGUUCUGUGUUCAAGAAACCAACAUUGUUUCUGCCGUUCUUGUAUUACGAAACAUCUCGAGAAUUCUCGAAGAUGCCCUACGUGUUCGGACGACCUGACCGUAGAGACUUUGGCCGAACCCAACAGAAUGGUGAAAGAUUAUUUAAAUGAAUUGAAGAUUCAUUGCGUUUACAACAACAGAGGUUGUCAAGAAAUUGUACAACUGGAACAUCUUGACAACCAUGAGGCUACAUGUGGAUUUACACCAGCCGUUUGUACAAACCAAGGCUGUGGUGCAACUUUAAACCAGCGUGAUCUUAUUCACCAUCAAAGUGAACUAUGUGAAUUUCGCAAGUUGAAGUGCCACUCGUGCGGAGAAAUGACAAAAACGUUGGCAGAUAUGGAGAAAAUAAUGGUGGCAACAAAUUUAACAAUGGAAACGAAAAUAGCGAAUGUCGAGAAAAAAGUUGAGAGAAAUGCGGCAGAUAUCAAAACAGAUAUGGAAGGAAAACUCGAAGCAGUGAAUAAUGAAGUGAGAGGAUUGAAAAGAGCUUUGAUUGAAGGUUUUGAUGAAGUGAAGGAUGUUCUUGUUAAGAUGGAGGACAAGAUAGAAGAAAAGACAAGGAAAGUAAGAAAUACAGCAAGUGGUGAUAAGGAAAAUAUAAUUGUUGCUGGAGGUUAUAGAACUGACUCUGUAGAGAUGUUUAACUGGCGUCAAAGAACAUGGUCGCCAUUACAAUCCUUGCCAAAGAAGUGUUGGGGAGCAACUUCAUUUGUGUACAACAAUCACGUGACAAUUGCUGGAGGUGUUUGUUCUGACUACCUCGAUGAUAUGAUUGGAAUGAAUAUCAACCCAAACUCUGAUCUCUCAAUGCACUGGAGUGAGUGUCCUGUUAAACUACCUGCUAAGUUGGCACACCACAGCAGUGUGCUGUAUAAUGAUCACUUGAUAGUCACUGGUGGUUAUAAUGGAAAUGCAGUAUCUGACUGUAUUCAUGUAGUCCAGCUAGUGCCUCCUUAUACUGUGAAGACCUUAGGCUUAUCAAGAAUGCCAGAACCAAGACAAUAUCACAGCACGCAAUUAUUUGAUGAUAACUUGUUGGUCGUUGGUGGAAGAACAACUGAGAGUUGCCAAGACAACCUCAGCAGUGUCGUACUGUAUGAUAUAAAGAAGAAUGAAUGUAAACAGUUGGCACCACUGCCGUAUGAAGUGAGUAAGAUGGCAACUGUGAGAUGGGGAGACAACAUCGUUGUUAUAGGUGGCAUUGACAAACGUGGCAACGCAUUAGAUACAGUUAUCAUUUACAAUGUCAAGACUGAACAAAGUCACUUGCUGCCGUCAAUGAAAUGUAAGAGGUACGGAUGUACUGCAGUUGUUAUUGGAAACAACAUUGUAGUAUUGGGAGGGUUGCGAGAAAAGUCAGAUGAAGCUUUCAACUUUGAAAGUUAUUCUUGGCAAGAACUACCAGAAAUGUCUCAAGCAAGAUGGUUUCCCACUGCUGUUGUUGUGUGAACAAUGUAAGAAUAUUGAACGGAUUUCUUUAAGAUAAUAAUCGAACAAAUAAAGUAGAAAUGUAGUAAUACGUUAUGAUAGUUUGGUAUGUGUAACCAAAAUUAUAUUCAGUUUUUUAACGAUGCAUAUGGUUAUUAAUUGAUUCUUUCUUUGUAUAAAAGACGUUGUUCUGG